AUGGGGAAGGCCGACAAUCAGCGACUGCCUGUUGUGCAGCCGUCUAACGGCGGCAGCGCCUCUGCUACCUUCUUCCCCUGCCGGAGAUGUGCGAUGGGUUGUUUCAGGCUGUCCAGCGUUAAAUGCGGCGUCGUUUUAGCACUCAGUUUGGCAGCUUUUCUUUCCGCUUUUUUCUGGCUCCUCCCUAUUCGGUACAGACAAGCUGGGUUCGAUGCUAAUGACUCCAUCAAGCUCAGCGCCAUAGUUCAGUCAUACUUCAAGCUCCAGAAACCAGUUUACGAGCUUGUGCCGUAUGUUACAAGACUAGAAUAUGAUAUCAAUGAUGAGAUAGGUGUCCCGUCAUCUAAGGUUGCUGUGUUGUCCAUGCACCAGGCGGAAUUACCUAACCUGACAUAUGUGGUGUUUGGCUUCCUUCCUGACCCAAUCAACAGCACAAUGAAUGUAGUGGCCUUGACUUUGUUGAAAUCAUCCUUAAUUGAUCUGUUUCUCGAACAAUACAAUUUGACGUUGACCUCUUCGAUUUUUGGAGAACCUUCAUCAUUUGAGAUCUUAAAAUUCCCUGGGGGGUUCACUAUAAUACCGGAGCAAGUUAAUUUGAUAACUCAGCCCCUGAUGAAUUUCACGCUCAAUAGCUCCAUUUAUGACAUAAAAGAGAAUCUCAAGGAGUUGAAAGAUCAACUACGAUUUGGAUUGCAUUUGAUGCCUAAUGAGGUGGUGUACAUACAAGUAACAAGCAGACAUGGGUCGACGAAAGACUCCCCAGUUACAGUCGAAGCUUCAGUUGCAUCUGAUCGGGGAACAAUACUUCCUGAAAGACUAAUACAGCUGGCCCAGAUAAUCACCGGCUCCCCACCUACUGAAAAUCUCGGUCUCGAUCAUUCUAUUUUCGGGAAAGUCAAAGAAAUCAGUCUCUCAUCAUUCCUAAAUCAUUCUCUUUAUGCACCAACACCUGCCCCAAUACCUACACCGACCCCUUCUCCAGAUUAUCCUGCAUUUGCACCACGAAUUCCUCCUUCACUACCACCUUCUUCUAAUUGCCAUUCACCUUCUCCGAUUUCUCAUCCGGAGAAAAUUUCUCCUAAUUUGUCACCUCAACCUGUUUUCACGCCUCAAAGUUCGCCAGCUCCUUCUCCACUUUCAGGUGCUCCGUACAGCUCGCAAGCUCCGGAUGGUAGUGGGGCUUCUCCUGUGCAUGUCUCAUCGUCUUUUCUGAAUACCCUUCCAUAUUUCGUACUAGGCACUUGGAGGAUACAGCGGCUGUACCUAAACGGACUUUUGACUUUUGUUCUCCUAUUCUGGAUAUCUUAA